CGAGAGGAGGCGGUCGAGCUUGUGGAGUCCGUUGGAGAGGUAGAGGGGUUGAGGUUGGAUGUCUUUCUUUUGCGGGUGCGAAGGUUUUGCCUUGGUAUUGCAUCGGUGGCCUACUUGGAGUUUUGUGAGCGUGGAAGUAAAAGGGGUUGGUGAGUAUAGUUGCUGGGGGAUGCGGUGGUUACUCCGUCUGGUUAUAUUUUGCUGGCUCUUGGUUGGUGGUGGGUGAUGAAGGGGAAAUUCGGUCCUGGUCAGCGCUGGUUGCUAUGGAAAAUCAUUUGAUCUUAAUCGGGGGUUUCUCGUUCGGCAAGAACUGGAUGCGGUUUUGUUUUGUUUGGGUGCCUAAGUUGUUCUUGCUGUACCUUGGAAUGCGAAUCCGGAUGGUAUUUGGUGGUGUUUGGCGUGCCGGACGACUGGUUUUUGUUAAAAUUGGAAGAGGAAUAAGACUUGAAGUAUCAAAUAGAACGAGAACAUACCCUACCUUAUCCUAUAGCACCAUCGUAAAUAUCAGCUGCAUACCUCAACAACCUUACCAUCUCUCUACCAACAUCCCUCCAAACCCACCCACACCCCCCACCAACACCAAUCCCACCUCAAACAAACCCUCUCAUCUCCUCUCACUACACACCCGCACCACUCACACCCCUCAACCUCGCCCCCAUCCAACCUCUGAAACCGGCUCCACCCAUCCACCCAUUCACCGCCACCACCAACACCCGCCAAGCGCGCAUCAACCACGGAACAGCAAACAAGCACGGCCACGCGCAAAACAGUCGCGCGGACGCGGCGCAGGGCGCAGUGGAGGUCGCGGCGUCGUGUGGUGUCGUGACAAUGGUACCGCGGAGCAGAACGCGGUUGCCAGUGCGACAGGAGCAGGGCAUUGGGCAAGAGCAGGAUUCGUGGGAGUGAUGGGAGUGGUAGCCGCGGCCCAGGUUUUUUUUUUCUUGCACGCUUUCGCUCCUCGCUGUUUGCGGCGCGAGGCAGAGAGCGCUAGCGUUCUUCAGGCAGAGCUGUCCUACUCUAGGUAGUCUCGUGGCGCGCCCAAUGACGGCAUCAUCCUGGACCUUGGGCUCGGGUACAUGGAUGGCUAGUAUUCUAGAGGAUGCAAGCAAGAAGUGCGUGAGUGUGAAUGAGUGUGAA